AUGUCCGGCGAACGAGGAGCAUAUGGAGGUGGUCGCCGUGGCGGUGGACGGGGCGGUCGGGGUCCUGUUGACGGCAGCAGAUCGCGUGGCGGCGGAGGAAGGGGCGGAUAUGCUCCGGCUCCUCGCUCUCAGGAAUCGUCAACGACUCCGUCCGCAUCAUACCGUCCUUCGCCGCUGGCCACAGCAGCAGAUUCGCCUUCGUCCUCUUCUAUUGGCGAAGAACUCCGGCAUCUCACGAUCGCCGAGCCCACGAAGGAGCAGACUCCUCAGCCGGCGGCGCCUCCGGCCUCUAGCAAGGGUUUGAGGCAUCCGGCUCGGCCGGAUUUCGGCACCGUCGGAAGGCCGUGCUUAGUUAGGGCUAACCAUUUCCUUGUCGAAAUUGCCGACAAUACUCUUUUCCACUAUGAUGUGAGUAUAGUGCCCGAAUCAGUGUCCAGAGCUACCAAUAGAAAAAUCAUCUCUGAGCUUGUCAAGGUGCAUAAGGAUAAAGUCUUGGGAAGGAGAAUGCCAUCUUAUGAUGGAAGGAAGAGCCUGUAUACGGCUGGUACUUUUCCUUUUGAGUCAAAGGAGUUCACGGUUUCACUGCCUGAAAAUGAUGGAAGGAAGGCCAAGGAUUUUAGAGUGAUUAUUAAGCUUGCUGGAAACAAAAGCAUACACAACCUGAAGGAGUUUUUAGCUGGUCGACAGAUUGAGGCACCUCAAGAAGUCAUUCAAGCCCUUGAUAUUGUUCUUACUGAGUCUCCAUCUACCAAGUAUACUUCGGUAGCACGGUCCUUCUUUUCCCCGAGCUUUGGGCAUCGGGCACCCAUUGGAGAAGGCUUAGAAUGCUGGAGGGGCUACUAUCAAAGCCUUCGACCAACACAAAUGUGCUUGUCUUUGAACGUAGGUAUUCUUGCUUGA